AUGUUAGAAGAAGGUCAAUUAAGAUUAUUAGAUACUGAUACUUCUAUUGUUGUUCCUGUUGAUACUCAUAUUAGAUUUGUUGUUACUGCUAAUGAUGUUAUUCAUUGUUUUACUAUCCCUUCUUUAGGUUUUAAAGUUGAUGCUACUCCUGGACGUUUAAAUCAAGUUAGUGCUUUAAUUCAAAGAACUGGUGUUUUCUAUGGUCAAUGUAGUGAAUUAUGUGGUAUUAAUCAUGCUUUAAUGCCUAUUAAAUUAGAAUGUGUUCCUAUUAAUGACUUUAUAGAAUGA